GCCACGGACGGGGGCAGCCCGGCGCUGUCGAGCCGCGCGGAUCUGGCGCUGGAGGUGUCGGACGUGAACGACAACGCGCCGGUGUUCGAGGAGGCCGCCUACAGCGCCUACGUGCCCGAGAACAACGCGGCGGGAGAGCUGGUGCUGCGCGUGAGCGCGCGGGACGCGGACGCGGGCGCCAACGGGCGCGUGAGCUACGCGCUGGCGGGCGGCGGCGCGGACGCGGCGUUCGUGUCGGUGCGGGCGGAGACGGGCGAGCUGUACGCGCAGCGCUCCUUCGACUACGAGCGGUGCCGCGAGUUCGCCGUGGAGGUGCGGGCGCGGGACGGCGGGACGCCGGCGCGCAGCGCGACGGCGACGGUGCGCGUCUUCGUGCUGGACCGCAACGACAACGCGCCGCGGGUGCUGUGGCCGGCGGCGGGCGGGGCAGGGGGCGGCGGCGCGGGCGCGGGCGCGGGGCCGUUCGAGGUGGUGCCGCGCUCGGCCGAGGCCGGCUACCUGGUGGCCAAGGUGGUGGCGGUGGACGCGGACGCGGGGCGCAACGCGUGGCUGUCGUACGAGCUGCUGCGGGCGCCGGAGCCGGCGCUGUUCCGCGUGGAGGCGCGCAGCGGCGAGGUGCGCACGGCGCGGGCCGUGUCGGAGCGAGACGCGGCCAAGCAGCGGCUGGUGGCCGUGGUGAAGGACCACGGGCAGCCGGCGCUGUCGGCCACGGCCACGCUGCACGUGGUGCUGGCCGAGAGCGUGCGGGACGCGCUGCCGGAGCUGGGCGAGGGCCCGGCGGCCGCCGACCCGCCGGCGGAGCUGCGCUUCUCGCUGGUGCUGGCGCUGGCGCUGGCGCUGCUGUCGGCCGCGUUCCUGCUGAGCGCGGCCGUGACGCUGCUGGCGCGCCUGCGCCGGGCCGGGCCGCCCGCCGUCCUGCGCUGCCUGGGCGCGCGGCGCUUGUCGGCGUCGGGCCCCGCCGUGCCGGCCGACUUCUGCGAGGGUACCUUGCCCUACUCCUACAACCUGUGCGUGGCGCCGGGUCGCGCCGUGGCCGAGGGCGCCUGGCUGCUGCCGCCCGCCUUGCAGCCCAGCGCGGCCGCCGAGGAGCCGCUCG